AUGAGUGAAGAUAACGCCAACGCAAAGAAAGAGGAGAAGGUGUACGCGAUGCCAAAAUUCAUUGAGUCCAAAUCCGAUUUCAUCGAACUCACCGCUUCCGAUGUGCAACCAUCUGCACAGGAUAAAGAUAUAGAUUCAGACGCUGAAGAAUCCGAGGAGGCCGGUGAGUCCGGCUACGUGUACAAGGGGAUUGAAACCACGCACACUUUCGAAGCAAUGGACCAAGCGAAUCAGCUGAUCGGGGGGUCCACGAUCGCUGCAGGUCAAACCGAGAAAAAGAAGGCUCACUACAUCUCGCUCGAGGACGUCGAUGACGACGACACGAGAGAGUUGAAGAAGUACAAGAACUACAACAAGGACCACAAGAUCUUUGCGUUCCAGUUCCCUCUGGGGACCUCCAACUCAGAUGAGAUCAACGAGGGUCCCGUUGGCAGUUUUAAGACGAUGAAACCAUCCGCAGAGGAUGCCACUACCAUUGCCAUUGCAAGAAGGGAGAAAAAACACGAAUUGAAGGACAAGUUGAAGAGAACGGACUCGUUGGACUCUCUGGAGGAAUUGAUUCUUUUCGAGGGCGAGAAGGGUGUCAACACUGGGCGUUCCGAGGCACUAAAGAGAACUUUCGGUGUCGGAGGUUUGACUGGGACUUUCAAGCACAUGUCCUACGAUGAGCAAGAGACCACCGAGGACGGGUACGUUUGUAGCAGAUUGAGAAAUAUCUGGAACGAACUGGAAGGUGACGUCGUCAUCAUGGGUGGUUACCGUGGUUCCAACUUGGCCGAGGCCAAAACGGGGAGAAGAAUUUGGGUCCCCAUCAAGGCUGGCUUCAAUAUGACCACCGCCGACUUGUUAAUUGGGCCAAACCCAGAGGACGAGAUCAAGACCCAGAAGGAAAUUGUCCCAACUGGGAUGCUGUCUCACGUUGGACCAGUGGACGUUUCCAAGAGAUUGAUCAAGAAAAUCGCAGAAAACCCUAGAGUCCACAUCGAGGAUUUCGGUUACGAUUGGAGACUUUCCCUUGAUAUUUCAGCAAGGAGAUUGAGAGACAAGUUGCAAAGAAACUACGACAAGCAAAAGGAGAAGAAAGGUACCUACGUUAUUGCCCAUUCUAUGGGUGGUCUAGUCGCCCACAAGGUCCUGCAAGAAAACACUAAUUUGAUCAGAGGGUUGAUCUACGUUGGGUCUCCUAGUCAGUGUUCCAAUAUUAUUGGGCCCUUCCGUUUUGGUGAUGAGGUCAUGUUCAACAAGACUCUUUUGAGUAAAGAAAACAACUUCUUCAUGAGAAGUAGUUUCCACUUCUUGCCCUUCGACGGGAGAUGCUUCAUCGACAAAAACACGUACGAGAGAUACGAUAUCGAUUUCUUUGACCCUGAGGUCUGGAGAAAGUUGGGGUUGUCCCCACUGGUCAGUGAGAAGAGACAGAAGAUUGCCGAGAACAACAAGAGAGCUCAAAAGAAUGCCGCUGAAAAGAAUGCUAUUAACCCAGCAAGCACCGUUAUCAAGUCUCUCGGUGGCGCUACCAAGACAAUCCUCAACACCGUGCCAAUCGUGAACAAGUUGAACCCAGAGAAACCCACCGAGAGGUACUUGGAGGUUGAAAUGCAAGAUGACAGCGAGUUCAAGACUCCUUACGAUGUGUGUGUCAAAUACUUAAAGCGUACUUUGAAGGACACCAGGGCAUACUUGGAGAGUCUGGAAUACCGUCCAGAAAAGGAAUACCCUCCACUGGGUAUUGUGUACGGUAACAAGGUUCCCACCGUUCGUGGUUGCAAAGUCGAUGGUAUCAAAGGUAUCAGAGACGGUCACUACAACGACUUUUACUACGGUCCUGGUGACGGUGUUGUCCACUACAAGUGGUUGUUGCCCGAAAAGAGAGGGUUCCCCAUCGUUUGUAAAGUGGCCAGUGACACUGGCCACGUCAGUUUGAUGACGGAUUUGGAUGCUAUUGGUAAGGCCUUCAUCUCCAUCAGAGAUGCUGAAAAGGAGAGAGAGAAGUUGAAGAGGAAGCAUUUCAUGUCCGGUUGA